AUGCAACAGCGGUGGGGUAGUGAUGGCGGAAGUGGUGGUGGUGACGGUGAUGGGAGCGGCAGUGAGAACGGUAGUGGGGACGAAAAAAGGGGGAAUACAUGGGGCAAUAACCGUCUUAACCGUCACCUUACACUCUCAUAUAUUCCAAAUAACACAAACACACUCACUAAAUUCCAUUUCCAUAAAACCUAUACUUACAGAUAUAUAUAUAUAUAUAGAUACAAAGCGAAAAAAAUCCAGAAUUUAUUUCAGUUGAUGGAAAUGAGAAGAAUUUACGAAGAAGAUGCAAAUGGAGAGAUCAAAAAAGGGCCAUGGAAAGCGGAAGAAGAUGAAGUUUUAAUCAAACACGUGAAGAAAUACGGUCCGAAAGACUGGAGCUCCAUUCGAUCCAAAGGUCUUCUUCAACGAACCGGCAAAUCGUGUCGUCUUCGUUGGGUCAACAAACUUCGUCCCAAUCUCAAAAAUGGUGUGAAGUUUUCUGCAGAUGAAGAGAGAGUAGUGAUAGAACUCCAGGCAGAGUUUGGAAACAAAUGGGCAAGAAUCGCCACGUAUUUGCCUGGCAGAACAGAUAAUGAUGUCAAGAAUUUCUGGAGUAGCAGACAGAAGAGAUUGGCUCGAGUUCUUAGGUCGCCACCACCGCCGCCGCCACUGAGGUCCCAGAAAUCGAUCCGCCAAUCCCCUGCCCUUCAUAAAGUUCCUGCCUUUGAGGCCCCGAAACGAAGUUCUUCAACAGAUGGAGAAUCAUCAGUGACAUCACCAAAGACGUUAUCUUGUUCAUCGUCUUACUGUGAACCGCCAAUCAAAAUGGUGCCACUACCGGAACUUAUGAACCCCACGGUCACAGCCACAACCACAAUCACCACAACUGGCUUGUUCACCUAUGAUUACACCCAACCAUUGUGCCAACUUGACUAUAUCACCAUCCCCAUUGAAGAAAACUCAUGUAACCAGCCACUACCGCCACUUCCACUACACGAGUUCCCUUAUGUUCCACCGCCACCACCUCUUGAUAGCCAAGACAUUUUCACCCAACUCGGCGACCCCAAUUUCUAUGCGGUUUUUGGACAUGGUGAUGCACCUGAGAUGGCCCAAUUCCCUUACAUGUUUCCAGGGGAAAUUGGUGGGAGAUGUGGAAAGGAUGAGAAGGACGAUCCGUUGAUGAUGGGUCCCGAUACGUUCAUUGAUGAUUUUCCAGUGGAUAUGUUUGAUAAUCUCGACCCGCUUCCUAGCCCAACAGAGUGGUGAUUUGUGUUA